GUGUGAGUGUGAGCUCGGAGGGCCGCGGCCCACCCCGGGCACCUCCUUCAGCCGUCCAACCUCCAGCCCACCUUGAGAGGGAGAGGAGGAGGAGCCGGGCGGGCUCCGGACGACCCCCCGCGGUGGAGGAGCCCCACCUGGGGCCGCUGGAGCCUCGCCCGGGGCUGCCCCUCUCCGGCCCCGAGGCAGCCUUCCUGAGCCCAGACCUCCAGAAGUCAUAAUGUGUGUGCCUUUUUUCUGGAGAGGUGAAUGAUACUGAAGAAAAAUGGCUGACAGAGGCGGGAGGACCAUUCCAGGACAAAUAUAUAUUGAAGUGGAAUAUGAUUAUGAAUAUGAAGCAAAGGACAAAAAGAUAGUAAUAAAACAAGGAGAGCGGUAUAUCUUGGUGAAAAAGACAAAUGAUGACUGGUGGCAAGUCAAACCAGAUGAGAAUUCCAAGGCUUUUUAUGUUCCAGCACAGUAUGUUAAGGAAGUUGGUCGCAAAGCACUAAUGCCACCUGUUAAACCUGCAGUUGGACUACUAAAUAAUUCCACAAAAAUGAUCCAGAGGUCUACGGAAAAUGUGAAUAAAUCACCUGAGCUUUCAAGUUUUGGGAAGUCAUCAUCUAUUCACGUAACUGGUCUGGUCCGUGAUGCUAAUCAGAAUUUUGGAACAAAUAGUAGCCCAGGUCAGACUGUUAGUCUAGACCUUGUCCCCAACAAUGGAAAAUUUAACAGUGACUCACAGUCUCCUAAGAUUUCCACCCAGCCUAGGACGCACUUAUUUGGUCACUUUUCAGGUCCAGAGUUCAUUGACGUAGAGAAAACCAGCUUUUCUCAUGAACAGUCCUGUGAUUCGGCUGGUGAAGGUUCAGAAAGGAUCCAUCACGAUUCUGAAUCUGGUGAUGAGCUGAGCAGUAGUUCUACUGAGCAGAUACGGCCGACUACACCGCCAAAUCAAGUAAGACCAGAUUCUCCUGUCUAUGCUAAUCUACAAGAAUUGAAAAUAUCCCAGUCUGCACUCCCCCCUCUUCCUGGAAGUCCUGCUAUUCAGAUUAAUGGAGAAUGGGAAACUCAUAAAGAUAGUACAGGACGUUGUUAUUACUACAACAGAGGAACACAGGAAAGAACCUGGAAGCCACCUCGAUGGACUCGAGAUGCCAACAUAAACAAAGGAGACUGCCAGAACUCAGGAGACCAAGAGCUUCUUUCAUCAGAAGAAAACUACCACAGUUCUUGUUACAGCCAGUCAGAUAGUCAAUAUGGUUCUCCUCCAAGGGGCUGGUCAGAAGAGUUGGAUGAACGUGGGCAUACCUUAUAUACCAGUGACUAUACUAAUGAAAAGUGGUUGAAGCAUGUUGAUGAUCAAGGCAGACAGUAUUACUACAGUGCAGAUGGAUCGCGAUCAGAAUGGGAAUUGCCAAAGUAUAAUGCUUCACAGCAGCCAAGAGAAAUAAUUAAAAGUAGGAGCCUGGACAGGAGGCUACAGGAUCCAAUAGUAUUGACAAAGUGGAGGCACAGCACGAUUGUAUUAGACACCAAUGACAAGGAAUCUCCACCUUCCACAAAGCCCUGCUUUCCAGAAAAUGAGUCUUCUCCCUCUUCACCAAAGCACCAAGCCACAGGCCAAGAAAAAUACGGAUUGUUAAAUGUAACAAAAAUUACUGAAAAUGGGAAAAAAGUUAGAAAGAACUGGUUAUCUUCCUGGGCCGUGUUACAAGGCUCGUCUUUACUAUUCACCAAAACCCAAGGAAGUAGCACGAGUUGGUCAUUCUGCCCACGGGGCUCAAUUCCGGAGCUCCUACUCUCGCUGCUUUCUUCUUGGAAAGAUUCUGUGAGCCGUCGGCCUGCUGUCACCUCUGUAAACUCUGACCCCGUUUCAGCUGUCUCUUUCGGGAGUAAUCAGUCUAAACCAGAGUUCACUGUGGACCUGAAAGGGGCAACAAUUGAGUUGGCUUCAAAGGAUAAGUCCAGCAAAAAGAAUGUAUAUGAGCUAAAAACACGUCAAGGAACUGAACUGUUAAUUCAGUGUGACAAUGACACUCUUAUGAACGAUUGGAUUAAAGUUCUUAAUUGUACCAUCAGUAAUCAGGCCGUUGAAGUUGAUGAAGCAGUUGAAGAAGAGGUACCAGAUUCCCCAGGAGUGGAAAAACAUGACAAAGAAAAGGAUCAUAAGGACUCUAAGAAACUACGUUCAAUGAAAAUUUUGAGCAUAGAUUCUUCAGAGCAGAAGAAAACGAAAAAAAAUCUGAAGAAAUUUCUUACUAGACGACCUACUUUGCAAGCUGUACGUGAAAAAGGUUAUAUUAAAGAUCAGGUGUUUGGUUCCAAUCUUGCAAAUCUGUGUCAGAAAGAGAACAGCACCGUGCCAAAGUUUGUAAAGUUAUGCAUUGAGCAUGUUGAGGAACACGGUUUGGAUAUUGAUGGGAUAUACAGAGUAAGUGGCAAUCUUGCCGUGAUACAGAAACUAAGAUUUGCAGUUAAUCAUGAUGAGAAAUUGGAUUUGAAUGAUAGUAAAUGGGAAGAUAUUCAUGUCAUCACUGGAGCACUCAAAAUGUUUUUUAGAGAAUUACCAGAGCCUCUCUUUACAUUUAAUCAUUUUAAUGACUUUGUUAAUGCAAUUAAACAAGAACCAAGACAGCGAGUUGGUGCUGUCAGAGAUUUAAUUAAACAGUUGCCAAAGCCAAAUCAAGACACCAUGCAGGUUCUUUUCAGACAUCUCAAAAGAGUUGUAGAAAAUGGAGAAAAAAACCGAAUGACCUAUCAGAGUGUUGCAAUUGUUUUUGGUCCCACUCUGUUAAAGCCAGAGAAAGAGACUGGUAACAUAGCAGUUCAUACUGUAUAUCAAAAUCAGAUUGUGGAAUUAAUUCUUCUGGAACUGAACUCCAUCUUCGGGCGCUGAGGCUUAUUGGAGAUGGAACCAGGGAGAAAUGGGAGUCAGAAUCCAUCAGAUCGCAAAUCUUUGUACAUGAUGUAUUAUGUUUGUGGACCAAGCCAACAGCUCAAUGAUUUUGCACUUUUUUUGGAGGGUAGGGGAAAGGAGGACGGCUGGGAGGAGGGUCAGGGUGUGUCUAGGCCCUCAUGUUUGUUGCUGUUAUUGCAAGUUGACGUUUUUAAUUAUUUGAUUUUAUUUCAUUGAAUAUUUUGGAGUUUUAUACUCUAAACAUUUGUCAAAAUUAAAAUUUGCAAUUAUAGCAUAGGCAUAUACACUGGAUUUCUUGGAGAGAAAAUGAAGAUUAAGGUUGAUCCCAGACUGAAUGGUCUGGAUUUGUUUUUCCUCAUUUCUAGGCUCAUCACUUGAUAGGCUAAUACCCACUAUUGGUUACUUUGAGAACUCUUUCAGGGCAUUUUGAGCAAAACAAAAUGAAUCAGUUUUUGAAACCUAUGUAUUCCCUUUCCAGGAUUUCUGUAUGCAGUGGCCAGCUGUCAGUCUUAUGCCAGUGCUCACAGUGGUCAGUGUAGUUUACAAUUCCCCAGAUAUAAUCCUUUGAUUAAGGCUUGCUGUCUUUUACUCUGCUGCACAGCAUCCAAACUGGAUGUCUUAGCUGCUUGAUAGAGCAGCAUGCUAAUAGUACUUCAGACACUGAACUCAUAAAGAUAUCCAUCAAAGGAUAUUUUCUGUGACAUACUGGAGUUUUUCUCUAACAUAAGUCAGUUGUUCAAGGUAUUUCUUGGCCUGCCUUGUUUGCUAUUCUGAAUUACAGCUAACAAUCCUAAUUAAAUGCUGACUUUAUCUACUGCCAUACUGAGUUCUUGAUAUGACCCUGUGGUAGUGAACUUAUUUGAUUGUAAAUAUAGGCUAAAGACCUAAUGACCUUCAGCUUAUGUAUAUAAUUGUGUUGUAUAGUCUCAAAAUACAUUCUAGUCACACAUUUCUAAUCAUGAUUAUAUUAGCUAUAGGUAAUCCUUCCAGUGAAUAUUAGGUUUCCUCCAAGAAACAGGCUAUUAUUUGGGAAAGCUAACUGUGUGCACUUUUAGAUUAUAAUUACAUUUGCAGGCAAAUCACUGUAAUGCAAAUGGUACUGGAAAAAUACUGAAUAGGCUUGCUAAAUGGUUAAUGCACUACAUGAGGAGCCUUUUAGGUUAUUUAAUAUGUACAGAAUAUAUUGGGAAAAUGUAUUACAGAAUUCUAACUCUACAGUAUGGUAGUGGAAACCCAUGUGUAAAUUGGCUGGUUGUUGAAUGGAAAAUGAGAUUGCUAACUCGGAGAAUUUCUUUUUGCAUUACUAAUGUAGAUUGACUUGUAUAAUAAAACAGGUUUUGGAAGAUUUUGUGACAGGGAGCAUGGUCUGCUGAAGAUUUUUUUAAAAAAUGUAUUUUUCUAGACUAACUGCUAUAUAUGAGAUGUUUAAUCUGAAUAAAGAAAAUGAUAAGAUAUUUAGAGAUUUUUUUUCCAUCACAGAUUUGCAUGAAUUUUUUUGUUGAACUUGCAAGCAUGCUUUAUACCUCAGUUUUCUGUUUUUAUAUCAGUUGAAACUGGUAUUUCCUGUGGUAAAUAUCACUGCUUCCCCCAUCUCAUACACUAUCCAUUUUUAAUGUCCUUAUAUUUUGAACUGGUCUGAUUUAUAAGCAGAUACAUUGUAUUAAUUUACAGGAUGGUUUCUGUGGGGGAAAAGUAAUUUUUGGUAUAAUCUUUCUAAAAACCUGCCACCUGAGUGAAAUGGUAAAAAUAAUGUUUGCCAUUAUGAACGUGUGGAUUUGGUUACAUAAGCCAAGUUAUUUCCUGGCUAUCAAGAUAGCUGAUUGUUCAAAGGAAGAGGGAAGCAAGACAAAUCACAGCCUUCCUAUUUGCAAAAAUUGUAUUUAAUGGCACAACAUGCUUAAGGACUCCACAGCAGUUUCAGACUAGGAAAACAAUGUGAGACUUAAAGCAUUUUUUUUCCUCUCUAUAGCCGUAGAAAUACUAUGGAGAGAUCAAAAGGUACAAUUGUCCUGUGAUUCUUGUUUGUGUAUGUAUGUUUUGUCUUGGUGUUCAUUGUUCCAUGGCUAAUCUGUUUUAUUGUAAUAUUGUAUGUACAAUGAAUGUCUUCUCUGUUUAAUCCUUUGUGAAUUAAAAAUUGCCAGUGUCACUUUCAUUGGUAAAUUACCAAACUAGUAAUAUGUGUUCUGACCAAGAGGGUUUCAUUUUAUAGUAGAAAAUAUACUAAAAGCUAAAAUCUG